UUCUCACAUGUACUUGUUUUUCAUUUCAUAGUUGAUUUUCCUUCACCUAUUUAAAGACCUACAAAGUCGUUUCUCAUAGUGUAAGUAAGCCAUACUCUUCUUCUUCACCAUCUUCCUCUUCUUCUCCUCUUCCUUCUGUCCUAAAUCUUAAGUACUUUUUGAGUCUGAAAAUGAAUCUCAUGAUUCUUUCACUGGUAAUUGUGUUUGGGUUGAGUUACGGGUCUUUCCAUGUCGAUGGAUAUGCAAUUGGUCCAUGGAAAAAUGCACAUGCUACAUUUUAUGGCGGCAGCGAUGCCUCGGGAACAAUGGGGGGAGCUUGUGGGUAUGGAAAUUUAUACAGAACUGGUUAUGGAACAAGAACGGCAGCUUUAAGUACUGCUUUGUUUAACGAUGGGGCUUCAUGUGGAAAUUGCUAUCAGAUGACUUGUGAUUAUCCAAAAGACCCUGAGUGGUGUUUAAAAGGAAAGUAUAUUACCAUUACUGCAACUAACUUUUGUCCUCCCAAUUUCGCUCAAGCAAGUGACAAUGGUGGAUGGUGCAACCCACCACGCGAACAUUUUGAUAUGGCUCAACCUGCAUGGGAGAAAUUUGCAAUUUACAGAGGAGGGAUUGUUCCAAUCAAGUACCGCAGGGUUCCAUGUAGGAAGAAGGGAGGGGUUCGGUUCACAAUCAAUGGAAGAGACUACUUUGAACUUGUUUUGAUCACUAAUGUCGGAGGGGCUGGAUCAAUUGCGUCAGUGCAAAUUAGGGGUUCAAAGAAUGGUCAAUGGAUGCCAAUGUCCAGGAAUUGGGGAGCUAAUUGGCAAUCCAACUCCUACCUCAAUGGCCAAACACUGUCCUACAAGGUCACUACUACCGACGGAGUUACCCGUACUUUCAACAAUGUCAUCCCGUCUUACUGGACAUUUGGUCAGACCUACAGUACCUCUGUACAGUUCUAAGCUCCUCAGGGGCUUAGAAUUGCAGCUGGGUUUCAAGCUGGCAGAGGCGUGCUUCUUUUUUUACUGAAGCAGCCAGCCAUUGUUAAUGUGUCACUGGAUGAGUUACAGACGGGAACAUUUCAUACCAUCCUUGUGAUUAUUAAACAUGGAUUGGGAACUGUCAAUCUGGGGUUAUUAAGAAACUUGGAUCUCAAACAGUAAGACACAAAGCUUUAAACCCAAAAAUGAUUAUUAUUAUUGUUAUGGAAACCUAUUUUUCUUUUUUUAAGGAUGAAAUUGUAGAUUACCGCCAAUUUUAUAGUGCACUGCAGUGUUUUCCCUUUCAAUAUUUGCCUAAUGUAACAUGAUUUCUCAUAAUGCUCUGUUUUAUCCUAAAUGAAAAAGGCUUCUAAGGUACUGUUCUGUUCA